UCUUAUCCCUUCAGCUGGUUCCACGAGGGGGCAGAAUUCCACGAGAAAAUCAGGCGGUAAGCCCUCCCUAGGUUGCUGAGCAACGAAGAGGACGCAAGAAGGAAGCAACCUAGCAAAACAUUGGUACGGCUAGGCUUAGGAGUUAGACAGCUAAAUACAGCUAGCCAACGUGAUCUAAUAAUGGCAAGCCAACGACCUCCAUCCAGUAGACCGAUGAGUCGUGGGUCUCUUGUACCAGGGACAGGAAGACCACCAACAACAAUCAGACCACCACAGACAGCCAUCCGAGUUGGGACAGGGAUGGUUCCAGGUACAGGUCGUCCGGGGACAAGAGGAGGUCCCAUAGCCACCCCGGGUGUCCUGUCAGCCCAAAUAAAGGUGGCAGACCGGCCUGUGACACAGCAGGGCCUCAGUGGGAUGAAGACUGGAAUGAAAGGGCCACAGAGACAAAUUCUGGAUAAAUCAUACUACCUUGGGUUACUUAGGAGUAAAAUCAAUGAACUAACGACAGAGUGCAGCAAAUUGCAAAAGGAGAUUGACACCUUCAACCAGGAGAACUCGGUUUAUCUUUCAUAUGAGAAAAGAGCUGAGGGACUUGCAGGUGAAUUAAAAGAUCUUCAGGGACAACUGGCAGAUUACAAUAUGCUUGUUGACAAACUGAACACCAACACAGAGAUGGAAGAAGUUGUGAAUGACUGCAACAUGUUGAGAGCCCAGAAUGACAGAGAGGCCAAAAGCAUGGAUGUCAUAUUUACUGAGAGGAGAGAGAAGGAGGAGAUGAUCCGAGCGGUGGAGGAAGACAUAGAGAGGGAGAAACAGGCCGCUGAGGACAUCAUCAAAAAGAUGUCCCCUGAAAAACAAGCCAAGUACGCUGACAUGAAAGCCAACAAUGAAGAACUGCUGCAGGAACUCGAUGCUCGUCAGGAGGAGCUGGACGCCCUCAUCACACGGAAGGAGGUGUUUGAAGCUGAGAUGGCUCACUCUCAGGUGAAGCAGGAGGCCGUGCUGUUGCAUGAGCGUCUGCAGGAGCUGGAGCUGCGACGGGACGCCAUGCUGGCCGAGGACAAGAGCAUGGGCUCCCCGCAGGAGGAGCGGGAGAGGCUGCUGAAGCAGGUGAAAGAAGAUAAUCAGGAAAUAGCGGGCAUGGAGAGACAGUUGACAGAAAUGCGUGAGAAAAUCAGCCAGGUCAACGAGGAGAUGCGUCAGCUGGACAACGACUUGGAGGAGAGCCAAGAUGGGGAGCGAAGCCAGAAGUACAAGGAGCUGAAGAAGAAAGAGGAGAACAUCAACAGUUUCCUGGAGACCUUUGAUGAAGCCAAAGCCCAGGAGCUGGAGCGCCAUCAGCAGACCCAAGCCAACGUCGUGGCCCUUCUAGAACAUUCCAGCAGGAACAUGACGCGCCUGCGGCAGAUCUCAUCGGUCACGGCUCACGAGUUGCGCUCCAUACAGGAGGACCUCAGCUUCAAAGAGACAGAGAUGUACAAGUCCGAGAGCACAGCCAAAGGCCUGUCCUCAGAGAACCACCGGCUCCAGGAGGACCUGCAGAAGGUGGAGCAGCUGGAGGGUAAGAUCACGUCGGAGCUGGACAGCCUGAGAGAGCGCAUCCAGCACAUGAACGACGGCCUGCAGACCUACAGCAACCUCGACGCCCUCAAGGCCACCGGAGAGGACAAGAAGAAGAGGUUGCAGGAGGAGCAAGUCUCCCUCACCACGCGUAGGGACACCUUCAAAAAGGUGAUGGCGAAGAUGAACCAGGAGUAUGAAGCUCUUAAGACCCAGCUUCAAGAGAAUGAGACCCACGCUCAGCUCACUAACCUGGAGAGGAAAUGGCAGCACCACGAACAGAACAACUUUGUCAUGAAAGAGUUCAUUGCUUCCAAAGGCAUGGAGAGUGACUACCGUCCCGUGGUGAAGACCGUCACCAAGCAACUGAGUGACUACAACAAGAUCCUGAUCGAGGUCCUGCAGGGCAGCCGUGGCUGAGAAACCCCCUACUUCCUGUCUCUGACAGCAUCCAUUACGGCUCCGCCAGUCUGUCCCCGGACACUUCCUGUGAGAGACAGGGCCGUCCCUUAAUUACCACACUACUCCACAUUUAGAAAGAUCCGCUAUAUGGAUGUACAUCAAAGUUGUCUUACAUGCAUACUAUAUGACUUAACUGGUGUCAAAACUGGUUGAAUUAUUAUACAUAAAACGCAACUACAAUGAACUGCUAUGAAAUUCAUUUUAUACCUCCAAAAAAUAUAAAUACAUGAGUAUCAUUUAUGGAUUGUAUUAUUAAUAUUUAUAUGUAUAUUACAAUAUUGAUUCAAUAAACAUUUUUGUGAAAGAA